UCCCCUUGGCCUGGAGGGACCCAGAAAUCCGGGGGGGGGGGAGGGGCAGGGUGUUCCCCCCUCCCCCCUCCCCCAAUGGCGCUCGCGGGGCUGCUCGUGCCGCUGCUCUGCACCGCAGUGGUGGUCCCAGCCGCCCCCACGCCCGUGUGGUGCUUCGCCCGAUUGGAGGAGGAAGGGGGAGGCGGGGCCUGCACCGAGCAGCUGGGCGAUGAGCCCGUCCCAUUGGACGACUGCUGCCUCAACCCCGCCUAUGGCUACAAGCUCCGCCCCCACAGCCACUGCCACACCUGCCGACAGGGCGCGUGGGGCCCGUGGGCGCCGUGGAGCAGCUGCUCGGUGACGUGUGGGGAGGGCACCCAGCGGCGGGGCCGGAGCCGGAGCCCCGGGGGGGGCGGGGACAGGAGGGAGUGGGAGCUGCGAGUCUGUCACCUGCCCUGCUGCCCCGAGCCGGGGGGGUGGAGCCCCUGGGCCCCCUGGGCCGGCUGCUCGGUGUCGUGCGGGGAGGGGACCGAGGGGCGGAGCCGGAACUGCGCUGACCCCGCCCCCCGCUGCGGCGGUGGGUGUGGCCCGGGCGUGGCCCAAGAAACCCGGAAGUGCCAAGGGAAGACGCCCACGUGUCCCGUGGGCGGGGCCUGGGGUUCCUGGGGCCCGUGGGGCGCCUGCGCUGGGACGUGCCGAGGGGCGGGGCCAACACCUGGGCGGAGCCGCAGCCGGCGUUGUGAUUCGCCGCCUCCUUCGGUGGAACCGCCCGGCCCCGCCUGUCCGGGGGCGGAGACUGAGACCGCGCCCUGCCCGGGGCUGCGCCCCUGUCCCGAAGAUGGCGCUUGGGGGGCGUGGUCAGCCGCGUCGCCCUGCCCGGUGACGUGCGGGCUGGGCGUGGUCACGUGGAGGCGCGCCUGCGAUCACCCGCCCCCUCGGUACGGGGGGCGCGGUUGCCACGGCAACAGCAGCCGGCGCGCGGUCUGCGGCCCCCACGGGCCCUGCCCGGGCGUGGAGCACUGGGGGCCGUGGGGCGCCUGGACCAGCUGCGAGCGGCGGCUGUGGGGGCCGGUGAGCUGCGAACCCGCCGUGGGGCAGCAACGACGGACGCGGGAAUGUGUGGGGCGCAGGCCGGGGGGACCCCCCUGCCCCAUGGAACCGGGGGGCGGCACCAUCCAGCUCCGCCCCUGCUACAACGUCAAAAACUGCCUGCUGCCGGGGAACUGGUCGGACUGGAGCCCCUGGGGACUCUGCACCCCGCCGUGUGGGGCCAGCCCCACACGUAGCCGCACCCGGGAGUGUCAGCCCAUCUACCCCGCCUACCCGCCCACGAUGACCCCGGUGGGUUCCUCCGUCCCCAUCAACGUCACCUUCUGGGGGGUGGCCCGGCCCCGCUGCGCCCCACUGGAGGGGCAGCUGCUGCGGCUGGUGGAGACGCGGCCCUGCCUGCACGUCCUGCCCUGCCCCCACCCCGACGAGGACUGACGCUCCCGGUGACGUCGCAGGACCCCCCCCAACCCCCCCCCCCCCCGACCCCCGACCCCCAAACCCGCCUGAAUUUCCCCCAACCCCCCCCUCCCCCCUCCCCAAAUAAAGAUCCGGC